AUGUUCUCGUCGAUUGGCUACGCAAUUCGCCUCUUUUUGGCUUAUAUGUUCGCUACGGUCAGUAUUUAUUAUUAUUUUUUAUAUUAUUUAUUAUAUUAUUUAUUAUUAUUAUUAUUAAUUUAUAUUUAUUAUCUUUUUAUUAUUGUAUUAUUUAUUGUACGUCUAUUGUUGUAUUAUUCAUUGAUAUUGAAAAAUAUUAUUAUUUAG